UCAAUUUUAUCGUUAUUUUCUGCACUCCACUCUCUCCCUGUAGCGGCGCAGGUUAUAGUGCGGGUAUUCCCCUCCCUUGCUGUAACGAGACGCUAACGUGCGCACCCUACUGUGUAAACGAUUUCAUUAGCGCCCCCGUCGCCGGGCACAAGUUGGGUAUUGCCGGUUUCUUUCCCCGUGUCGCGCUCGCUCACUAUCUCUUUAAAGGGCUCAGUCACUCUCGGAUAUCAAUAGUAUGCAAUUUUUUCCUCCCGCUUUCUCCAGGAUUUCGUUUUCAAGGUAAAGGCGUCUAUUUGACUAUUAACUUGGUCGCAGACUCACCGAUUCAAGGAAUCUUCAUCAAUAAUUGUGUAUUUGUUUAUGUGUCUGUGAAGGAUUGUCUUCAAAUUCUCACAAUAUUUAUAUUUAUACGUAUGGUUGAUUUAUGAUUCAUACUGAAACUCGGGCUUUAACUUCCCGACGAUGGAAAAGUGGAAAGCAAUGAUUCUUAUUCUAAAUUGGUGCAUCUUGAUUUGGGCGCUGAAGCUGGGCUGAAGGAAUCAUUAUAAUUGACGAUUUUGUUGGAAGCCUAGGGUUAGACGAAAAUGGAUGGCGAAGUGAAGAGGUCUGGGACCAAGAAAAGGUCGAAACAGGUGGAAAUUGGUGUUGACUCGGAUGAUAACGAACCCAUUGGGUCUCUAUUUAAGCUGAGGAGGCCACGAAACUCUAAGAACGUUAACUCGACUUUAGAGGGCACUGCUGAUAGAUUUCAGAAUGCUGAGGCUACUGGGAAGAAAUUGGUUGAUGCAGAAGAGGAUUCUGGGGGUAUGGAUGAUACCUUAGCCAGUUUCCGGAAAAGAUUGAAGGGUCCAAAGAGAGAUCAGGGAUCUGGAACCACCAGAGGAAGAAAUUCUGCUUUGAAUGUGGUUGCUAGUAGUUCUUUGGAUGCUCCAUCUCCAGUUAGGGGUCCGGAAAACGUGAAUGAAGGGCUGGUUUUGGGUAAUAAUGGAUCUGAUACUAUGGCUGAAAAAGCAGCAGACAGCAAUCAAGGAAACUUUGAGCUACUUCACUUGGAUCUGAAGGGAAGUGAGGGUCACACUACAUCAAAUGAUGAUUUGAUUGCUUGGGAAUCCAGGAGUACAUUGAAGGAUGAGAAAGGGUUGGUUUCAUUGCCUGGGAAUGGUUUACAACGCUCUUCUGAAGAACAGAAGGAAGACUCAUUGUCUUCUAUUUUCCAAAAUGCAGAGUCUAAUUUGAGUAGGAAAUCUCGAGCAUCAUUAAGUUCAAAGCAGAAAUCUGGGAGUCAGAUUGCAAGCGAUGGGUUGAACCCUGUUAUUUUUAAAAGUAUUUCAGAAACUGUAGAGUCUACGGCUGAUUGUGGAUCUAAAUCUGUUUCUGCCUUAAACUCUGGGAGUAAAAUUUUGAAAUCUGCCAAUGAUUUGCCUCAAGGAUCACAUUCACAUUCGUCUGCUUCAGCAUCUGUAGUGGAUAAUAAAAAGUUUGGUCGUGGCUGUCUUCCAGAGGAAAUUUCCAAGGACAUUUUUCAUUCAAACACUCAGAACGGACUGGCAGUUGGAGAUAGCCAGCAAAAAGUUCAACUUGGUGAUGUUUUGGAGUCUGUGACUGAUGUCUGCGUUGAAGACAGCCAGCAACCAUCUUUUGUUCCACUUGGAGAUGCUUGCUCUCCCUCCCACCAAAAGGUUACAUUUCAAGAAAGAAUUGUUAGUAAUGGUUUGGAGCAGUGUCCUGUUAGGUUACAUGGUCGUGAAGAAAUGGUUAACACUGCCUCACUCUCAGAAGUGGGGGAAGGGCCAUGUGGCGUAAGUGAGACUGAGUUCAAGAAAAGGUCAACAGAUAAACUGGCAGUAAUGUGUAAUGAUAGAGGAGAAAAUGACGAACUUGCUUCUAUGGAGAAAGAAAUUGCCUCAUCUCCUCUAGUCUCCAAGUCCUUGAAUAGAUUACAUGAAAAUUUACUGAAUGAGAAUGAUCCGCUGGUUUCUGAAAAAGUUUCGGAGGGAUCCUCUGGAUUCCAUGCCAAGGUAGAUGGUGGUAGUCUGGAUACAAAAGAUGAACUGCAAGAUCUUGUUUGGGGUUUUCCAGCAGGACAAAAUGCUGUUAUUUCUGUUGGUAAUUUACCUCCAAUGAUGUCUAACGAAGCUGAGGAGAAUAAAUUGGCUGUCCAGUCUAAUUGCUCCAUUAAACAUUUAGAACCUUUUGUCAUUCCAACUGAUUCUGCUGUGUCCAUUCAGAAAUGCAGCUCAGCAUUACAUCAGAUUCAAUCUUCUAAUGAUACAUCUGAAGAGGGAUCUCUUCCAAAUGAUGGUCAUCUUUAUGCCAAGAAAGGAGCUGAUGGAACCCCAUCAUUUGCAGAAUAUGCGGUCUCUGGAUCCGAGUUUUCUGACAAACAUGAUAAGAUAUCAGCAGUUCAGCGUGCCAUUCGUAAGGCCAAGAAGCGCAGACAUGGAGAUAUGGCUUAUGAGGGGGAUGCAGAUUGGGAGAUUUUAACAAAUGAUCAAUCUUUUCUUGAAAGCCAAGGAGUUGUAGGUGAUGAACGCACCCUUAGACCAAGACUGAAGAAUGGUUCCUCUUUGAAUGCUGAUGAAGAGUCAGAGAGUGUUACAGCAGCAGUAUCAGCUGGUCUGAAAGCUCAUGCAGUUGGUCCAGUUGAAAAGAUAAGAUUUAAGGAGAUCUUGAAGCGGAAAGGUGGUCUCCAGGACUAUUUGUAUUGUAGAAAUCAGAUCUUAAGUACUUGGAGCAGAGAUGUCACUCGCAUUUUGCCUCUUUCUGACUGUGGAGUCAGUGAUACUCCAUCUGAGGAUGAAUCUCCGCAUUCUUCUCUUAUUAGGGAAGUCUAUGCAUUUCUUGAUCAAUGUGGUUAUAUAAAUGUUGGGAUUGCCUCUCACAAGAAUGCUGGAGCCAGUGCCGGGAAUAGUUAUAAACUUGAAAAAGAAAAGGGAUUUGAGGACAGUUCCACAGCUUCCAUGGCUGACUCUGAAGAUGGAGUUACCUUCAUUGUAGGUCACGCUAAUAGGUCAGAUGCUUCCAUGAAAAUUGAUGGGCUUAAAGUUGACUAUGUAAACUCAGCACCUGAAACUAUAGAAGGCAGUAGGUAUGGUGGUCCAGUGGUGUCAGAUGUAUCAAAUAUGCUGCAUCAUGGAGAAAGAAAAAUUGAUGAUUACCAGGAAAAUGACGGUAUUCAGGCAAGUGGAGUUGGGCUCAUAAACAUUAACAGUUCUGGUCCUUCUUCCAACAAUUCUGAUUGCAGAAUGACUUCUAUUGCAGCCACUGAGAAAAGCAAUGAAUCUACCUCUGUUAAAUAUAGCUUAGAUGAUCAGAUACCUGAUCCAUUGCAGUCUGUGAAAAAGGUAAUUGUCAUUGGAGCUGGUCCUGCUGGAUUAACUGCUGCUCGCCACUUGCAACGUCAGGGUUUUUCUGUAACUGUUCUUGAGGCUAGGAAUAGAAUAGGAGGUCGUGUAUUUACUGACCGUUCAUCUCUUUCUGUUCCUGUGGAUCUUGGUGCUAGCAUUAUCACUGGAGUUGAAGCUGAUGUGGCCACUGAGAGAAGACCAGAUCCUUCAUCUUUGAUUUGCGCUCAGUUGGGCCUUGAAUUGACCGUGCUAAAAAGUGACUGCCCUCUUUAUGACAUAGUAACAGGACAGAAGGUUCCUGCAGAGCUGGAUGAAACACUUGAAGCUGAGUAUAAUAGUCUUCUGGAUGACAUGGUAUUGCUUGUUGCCCAGAAGGGUGAACAAGCUAUGAAAAUGUCUUUAGAAGAUGGUUUAGAAUAUGCUCUUACAAGGCGUCGAAUGACACGCUUCAGUAGAAGUAAUGAAGAAGUUGAACAAAAAUUUUUUUCUGGAGCGUCAUUCAAUGCCAAAAGAGGUGAUGCUGAGGAAAGCAUUAGCCAGGAGGAAAUUUUAAGUCCUCUAGAGCGGAGGGUUAUGGAUUGGCACUUUGCUCAUUUAGAGUAUGGUUGUGCAGCUCUUCUUAAGGAGGUUUCGCUCCCCUACUGGAAUCAAGAUGAUGUUUAUGGUGGAUUUGGGGGAGCUCAUUGUAUGAUUAAGGGGGGUUAUAGCGCUAUUGUUGAGUCUCUAGGAGAAGGUCUUGUUAUUCACACGGACCAUGUUGUAACAAAUGUGUCAUAUGGUAAGGAGCCUGGCCACAGUGACAUAGUCAGAGUUUCUACAUCAAAUGGCGGGGAGUUUGCUGGUGAUGCUGUCCUUAUCACUGUUCCACUUGGCUGUCUGAAGGCUGAAACUAUAAAAUUCUCCCCACCUUUGCCUCAGUGGAAAUGCUCUUCCAUCCAGCGUCUUGGUUUUGGAGUUCUCAAUAAAGUGAUUUUGGAAUUUCCUAGCGUGUUUUGGGAUGAUGCAGUGGACUACUUUGGAGCAACAGCAGAAGAAACAGACAGAAGAGGUCACUGCUUUAUGUUCUGGAAUGUCAGGAAAACGGUUGGGGCUCCUGUUCUUAUAGCAUUGGUUGUUGGUAGGGCUGCAAUAGAUGGUCAAUGUUUGAGCUCUACUGAUCAUGUCGACCAUGCAAUGAUGGUUCUCCGUAAGCUUUUCAGGGAGGAUUCAGUACCUGAUCCUGUUGCAUAUGUUGUGACUGAUUGGGGUAGGGAUCCUUUUAGCUAUGGUGCUUACUCGUAUGUUUCUGUUGGAGCAUCUGGAGAAGACUAUGAUAUAUUAGGGAGGCCAGUUGACAACUGCUUGUUCUUUGCUGGUGAAGCAACCUGCAAAGAGCAUCCUGAUACAGUUGGCGGUGCGAUGAUGAGUGGACUUCGGGAGGCUGUGCGUAUAAUUGACCUAUUGAAUACUGGUAAUGAUUAUACGGCUGAAGUGGAGGCAAUGGAGGCAGCACUGAGACAGUCGGAUACUGAAAGGGAUGAAGUUAGGGAUAUAAUAAAGAGACUAGAUGCAGUUGAGCUUUCUAAUGCCCUGUACAAGAGCUCUUUAGACGGUGCUCAAAUCAUUACUCGUGAAAGUUUACUAAGAGACAUGUUCUUCAAUGUGAAAACCAGCGCUGGUCGCUUGCAUGUGGCUAAACAAUUGUUGGGUCUUCCUGUUGAUAACUUGAAAUCUUUUGCUGGGAGUAAAGAAGGGCUCACUAUUCUUAACUCAUGGAUACUGGAUUCCAUGGGGAAGGAUGGGACCCAACUCUUGCGGCACUGUGUGCGUCUCCUUGUGCGGGUUUCAACUGAUCUGCUUGCUGUGCGCUUAUCAGGUAUUGGGAAAACAGUGAAGGAAAAAGUUUGUGUACAUACUAGCCGUGACAUACGUGCUAUAGCAAGCCAGUUGGUCAGCGUAUGGCUUGAAAUCUUCCGCAAGGAAAAAGCUUCUAAUGGUGGAUUGAAGUUUUCAAGACACGCAACUAGUGCAGAUUUAUCAAAGAGAAAAUCUCUAAAAGAUUCAACCUCAGGAAAGCCACCUCUGACUAUGCAUCAUGGUGCUUUUGACAAUAAAGGAGGUUUGCUGGCUUCUGCAUCUGCUGGAAGUAGUUCACCUUCCAUUGCAAAUGUGAAGAAAUUGCACAGCAAACAAGUAAGACAACAGGAGGCAAAUGACUCGAGGCAUAGCGUCAAUUCCUCCAGGUCCCAAGGUUCAGUAGGGAAAGCAGUUACUAAGGAGGAGGGUAACUGUUGUGUUUUGUCCGAAGAAGAACAGGCUGCCAUUGCUGCGGCAGAAGCUGCUCGUGCUAAAGCACUGGCUGCUGCUGAGGCUUAUGCCUCAGCAGAAGCCAGGUGCAAUACACUGCUGCAGCUUCCAAAGAUACCCUCAUUCCAUAAAUUUGCUAGACGGGAGCAUUACCCAUUGAAUGAUGAAUACGAUAGUAGGAAAAAGUGGUCUGGGGGGGUUUUAGGAAGGCAAGAUUGUAUUUCAGAGAUAGAUUCUAGGAAUUGCAGAGUAAGGGACUGGUCAGUUGAUUUUUCUGCUGCUUGCGUUGACCUUGACAAUGCCAAAAUGUCAGUUGAUAACCUAUCACAGCGGAGUCAUUCAAAUGAAAUUGCCAGCCACUUGAAUUUCAGAGAACACUCAGGAGAAAGUGUUGCUUUGGACAGCAGUUUAUAUACUAAAGCAUGGAUUGACACAACUAGUGGUGUGGGGAUUAAAGACUAUCACGCCAUUGAGAGAUGGCAGUCUCAAGCAGCUGCAGCUGAUUCUUACUUUUCUAACCCAUCCAUACAUUUGAAGGACGAGGAAGAAUCAAAUGCCUGUUCAAGAUUACCCAGCUGGAAGCGUGACUGUAUGGCAAAUGAGAGCUCUGUUUCACAGGUUACUGUAAAUAGGGAUGCUUCCAAAUGUCAUACUCGAGGGGCAGAUCGCAUUAAACAGGCUGUUGUUGAUUAUGUUGCAUCACUACUUAUGCCCCUUUAUAAAGCGAGGAAACUGGAUAAGGAUGGGUACAAGUCUAUAAUGAAGAAAAGUGCAACUAAGGUGAUGGAGCAAGCCACAGAUGCCGAGAAGGCCAUGGCUGUUCAUGAAUUUCUAGAUUUUAAACGAAAGAACAAGAUCCGAUCCUUUGUGGACAAACUGAUUGAGAGAUAUAUGGCAGUGAAGCCAGAUGUAAAAUCUUAGUGUUCACAAGGCAAAAUGGCUUGCGACUUGCCGCACGUAUGUGUGAAGGACUCGGCUCGAUUUCCUUCAUUCCUCGAGUUUUGAUGGCCACGGACAUGGCCUUGGAUGAGUGUUGAAAUCUGCCAGUAUAAUCGGUCGAGAUGGUGCCACUGCAGAAGCGAAUAGCCUGUCCAAUCAAAAUCGAGUGGGCUUUAUUGCAAAUAUCUUUCCCUGGCAAACUAGACCAGAAUAUUUAUUAUGGAAUACUCCAUAAACAGGCUUUGCUACUAUAUAAACAGGUUCAAUGUCAGUUGGUUCCCCACUAUAUGACAGCAUUGGCAGGUUUGAAGAAGAUAACAGAUUGCAUUCUUCCAUUGUUUCAUUUUUCAUCGAGGUUGUCCCUGGGGUUGAAGGUUUAGGCCCUGUUUUUAUCAAGGGGUUUCUCGUUACGAGGACAUGACUUGAUCAUAUCAAUUGUUUAUUUGUACAGAUUAGGAUCGCUUUAGUGAUGACAAUCAUAUACAUCUCAAGAAUCAUUGCUACGGUUAUGCGUUUCGGAUUGAAACUAUGCAGUCUAUGAGAUGCGAAAAGUUUAAAGUUUUAAAAUGUGGGCACAUGAAGGGUAGGCUUAUAUGUUCGUAAUAGACACUGAAUAAAUAGUAUAAAAAUGUAAUUUUUUCCCUCACAAAUAAUUCAAAUGUAGAGUAAUUAUGUUCA